GAGAUUUAAAACAGAUUAUCCAAUACCUUAUCUUCACUAAUUGGUCCAGCAGGACUGAUACUUUGGAUGAUCAUCAUUUAGCUUGUUUUUUCCCUAGCAAAAUUUUCUAGGAUCACCGGUUUAUUGCAUGUUACUUUGCUAUUAAUUUCAGGUCUAGGUACCCCUAAUUCUGUUGAAUCCCCUAUAUAAAGCUCCAGUUUUAUAGGAGCUCUUUUACACCAGCUAUCAAAUUCCAUUCCAUCCUUACAGGCAUGGAUGUGCUCAUUCUCUGUUGAAAUUUUUUAGGAUCAACAUAAUUUAGAGGACAUUCAAAAUAAUCUAAGUCUGUGUGUUCAUAUAAGCUAUAAACUGCCAUGGAGACAGUAAUGUGUUAUGUGGGAGCAUGUGUAUGUUUGCAUUCUUGGAUGCACCUAGAUCAAGUGAAUCUAGUGUGAGUUCUUAUGCAUUAUCCUAUUAGUCAAUAAAAUAUCUGAUUCACAUACAUUAUUUAUGCAAUUAUUAGUGAUGAAUAUGUUUCUCUCAGUGUUGGGUUGCAGCUUCUUUGUUGAAACACAGUAUUGAUCACAAGGAAUCGAUUACACUUGCAAAACUGCACUUAAAUUAUGACUGCAAGGAAGAAGAGGUGGAUUAUAUCUACUCUGAAUUGCAGAAGGUAAAGAAAAAGUUUGCACGCCAUUUGGAAAAAAGGAGAGCCAAGGGAUCACAUGGUGCAAAAGCUUCAAAAUCGACUAUAUCCAACUAUCAAGAUGUGGUAGAAGGUGAGAUGGAAAGGGGCUUUCAGAGUCAUCAUUUUUUAGAUCUAUCUGAACCUGCCACAGUGGAACAGGCACCUGACUGUAGAAUGGUGCAGACGAAUCAUAUCUCUACUAGCAUAACAAGAGUUCCGGAUAUUUGUGAUAGAAGAACGGAAAAAUCUAUUCAACACCCACAAACGGACAUUCAGGAAUUUCAUGAAAGGAUGAUGGAGGAAAGGGAAAAGUUGGAGGAAGAGCACAGGUUAGAGUCCACCCUUACUUGUACAAAGGAUCAGGACAUUCCAGUAAGAUUAGAUAAGCUUGGGAUAGUAGAUCACAACUUCAAGGAAAAUUUGGAUGAAAACAAUCAUAAAACAGAACCUGUUGCUUCACAGCAGGAUUCAAGGAUUGAACAUGAACAAAUGAAUGCUAACGUAGUAGCCUCGUUAGAAAAAUCAAAACCAGGGGGUCCAACAGCAAUAUCAGGUAAUCUCCCAUUGGGCAACUUAGAGGUCAAUGAGGGCAAACUGCAACAAAGUGAUACAGCUGAAAUUAACGAUGGUUCCCAGAAUGCUGGUCCUAAUGCUAUGCCUUAUUUCCAAAACCAGAAUCAUGCUGGAACCAUACCAAGUCUGCCAUCUGAAGUUUCUCAAAUUUCUUAUCUUGAAAAGAUAUCCUGUAAUUUGCCCAGAGAAAUGGAAACUAUUUCCAUAGAGUCUGAUCCAGAGAGUGAUAAAACGGAAAUAAUGGCCUCAACAAGAGAUGGAAGUAUGUGUGCUGAGCAGCAUGAUAAAGCAGGUUCCAGUAAUGAUCCCACAAAUGGUGCCCCUGUGUCGUGUCCUUCAGAUUGGGAGAGUCCUAUUAGAAAUGCGCAGAUUGGACAAUGUGUGGAAGGACCUUCUGGAGUUCCUCAUACUCUGAGUGAAGUGGUCAUAGAUGAUGAACCCAUGGAAAUGUUACCUCAUGUUGUGCAUCCCACUGAAGAGUUUAUUGCAAAAGAUGCUGUGACUCUGGAAAGCACAACUGUUACUGAGGUCAGGCAGCAGAAUGGAGCAGUCACUGCCAAUUGUGGACAGUCAGCUGCUCUGGCAUUUAAUGGGACUUACUCAUCCUUGGUGCAGCCAGACAUUUGCCUGGCCCAAGGAAAUUCACUGGCAUCACAGCAGCUGCCUAUAUCUAUUUAUCCUUCCUCCACCGAACACAAUCUAGCCAGCAUACCUGCAUCCAGUGGGAUACAACAUCACCAGAGCAGUGGAAGCCAUUCCUACAGUCAAGAGGCUCUAACUCCAAGAUCACCACCUUUAGAGAAUCUGCUGGAAUUUUCUGACGUUAUGCAUCCUGUUAUGGAUUUGCCCCUGGAACCAUUCAUAGUUAUGCCUGAAAGUGGAAGUGAACAUCUUCCAUAUAGUAGCGUAUCGGGACCAGUGAAUUAUCAUACACAAUUUGUUCCUGUGAUACCUGAGAGGCCUGUUUGCUUAAACCCACUUCAAAUUGAAAUGGAAAGAAUACAGAGGGAUAAGGAGCAAGCCUUCAAGAUACACAACCAUAGGGUAUUGCAGCUGAAAUCUGAAUGUGACAGAGAGAUUGAAGAGAUACAUAAGAAGUAUGAUUUGUUACGUCAGGAUGCUGAGACAAAAUUGAUGCAAGUGCAGAGGGAUCUUGAGACAUUUCAUGGCAAGGUUUAUCUAAAUAAGUUAUUGGCAGAUGCUUUAACACUAAAGCAACAAAUUCCUACGUCAACUGGGUCACUACAUAAAGAUCAAGCUGCAUUAUCCAGUCUCAUGAAUCAGUGGAGUCAGCAACCUGCUCAGAUGACUGCUCCAAUACUCCAACAAUGUUGGGCCAGCCCCCCAAUGAAUAUCCCACCUGUAAUUACCACUCCCAUUAAUCCACUUUUUAACGCAAUGACCCAAUUCGCUGUGCAAAAUGGCUGUGAAUUACGUGCCCCUGCCCCACACAUUCAAGCCUUAGUUCCCCCAUCCAUGCCAACAGCCCAUUUCUCAACCCAAUACAGUGGGAUGCCCUAUCUGUGAUUACCCAGUAAUCAUCUUGCAACAUCAUUUAGGCUGACACUGCAACACCGAAGCAUACCAGAAUUGUAGAAAUUUCCAAGUUUUGCACUGAUACAUAGUUUACCCAUGGCUUCUUAAUCAGCUCUGGCUCUGGUAGGGUUUUUGACUGCUUGCUUUGGUGCAGAUAGGCCUAAUUCUUGUAGGAUAUGAAUUCAAUGUUUUGGAUGUACAUCACUGUUAGUAGCAAUGACAGCAUUGAAUAUAGUGAUUCACUAAUCAUUUAUAGUAUACAGUUUACGUUUUUACCUGGCAAA